AUGAAUGCAGUCAAGGAGAUUGAUAAUGAUGCCUACCUAUGGUUGAUGAGAAAUAAGCCAAACUUGUUGGCUUGGCAUACUUUUGACAAUAGAGCAAGAAGUGAUCAUAUUACAAAUAAUAUGAGUGAGUCCUUCAACAACUGGAUUACAGAUCUGAGAAACAAACCCAUUCUCAUAUUGGUUGAUGAAUUAAUAAGCACACUAAUGGACAGAUUUUACAAAAUGUAUUCAAGGGGACGCACCUAUCAUGAUACAUUAACACCAAAAGCUAGAGGCAAAUUAAACAAGGUCCAAGAAGAGUCUAGGAUCUUUCGGGUCCUACUAGCAGAUGACUUUCAGUAUGAACUGACAGACAACAUUGCAAGUAGAUGUCUGGUCAAUUUGAAAGAUCGUACAUGUUGUUGCAAAGUAUGGGAGUCUACUGGUAUGCCAUGCAAACAUACAGCAGCAGCUAUCUUACACAAAAGGGAGUUGCUUGAGACAUAUUGUGAUGCAUAUUACAAUAUGCAGAAGUGUAUGGUAGCAUAUGCAGGGUUCAUUGCCCCACUUCCUGCUCUGAAUGGGUUGAGAGAAGAUGUUAUGAACUAUGUGGUGCAACCUCCUCUUUUGAAAAGGAUGCCUGGUAGACCUCAUGUCAAUAGAAGAAGGGAACAAGAUGAGGCUCCUACUACUGAAUUUAGAAAGAAGAGUCGAACUAUCAGAUGUAACAAUUGCAAGCAGUUGGGCCACAAUAAGAGGAAAUGUCAGAGAGCAUCCAGUAGUAAAACUAAGACUAUUGUGCUGGAACAAAGCCAGGGAGCACCAGUAAAGGACAUGAGCGCAUCUAGUAGUAAGACUAAAACUGUUGUGCAGGAACAAGGCCAAGGAGCACCAGUAAAGGACAUGAGAGCAUCUAGUAGUAGGAUUAGGCUGUUGUGCAGAGAAAAACAAGAAGUGAGACCUAGACCCAAGAGGAGGCAUGCAGCUCUCAGAGAGUUACUAGAUCAUAGGCAUCUAAUGUGA